GGCUAAAUCAAGACAAUGCGAAGGGUUCCCGAGAGAGAACUGUACGUAGCCAACACAAAAUACAUGCUUUAAAAAGCGGCAAGAUCAGAAGCAGGUCAUCUAUAUUCCCCACAACAAGCUGGACGACCUGACGACGGCGACCAACUUCUUCAAAUGUUCGUCAGUCGUUUUCAAAUAUUUAGUGGCCUCACAACGCAGUUUUGGCUAGGAUACCACAGAGGGAAGAAUGAUAUGCCUCCUGUUUUUGGUUCUUCUACAAGCAAUUCUUGCAAUUGCUGGAAAUUUAACAACCACAGGCGAACUCCUGAUAUUCGAUGAGCAUCCUCGCAGCAGACGAGCCGUACUCGUGAACAGUGAUCCAAACGAACCCUGUCGAAUCUACGGUCACAAUAACCCCAUUCAGGUUAUUGAAAAUCUUCCAGAUGGCCCAACUCUACGAACGAUCAAUCAACAGGAAUGGUUGGCAGUCGCCACCGAAUGCCAACAACGCUUGCUAUCUCUGAACCAGAAACCGACUGGACCAAGCAACCAGCUGGAUUUCAUUUUCCCAGGUACCAGAUGGUGCGGGACCGGAGACGUUGCCAGUAACUUUGACGACCUAGGUCCACACGUCGCCACCGACAUGUGCUGUCGUGAUCACGAUUUUUGUCAAGACACUAUGAAGCCUGGAACUUGCAAAUAUGGUUUAUGUAACACUUCUGUCUUCACCAAAUCACACUGCGACUGCGACGACCGAUUUCGCCAAUGCUUGCUCAAUGCAGCGAAUGACCCGGCCAGCAUUCCUGUGGGUUUCCUCUACUUCGACGUAGGUGCUAUUAGUUGCUAUCGGCAAACCCCCGAUUGCGUGAAUAAAGUAUUCAGGGAACCCAUCGAGCUAACUAGGCGACGGAAACGGCAAUAUCAGGCAAGGCAAACAAAUUCGCAAUAUGGGUGGUGUUUCAUUCCGCCGCAGCCCUUUAAAAAAUCAGUGAUGUUCCGGCGGAGCCAGACCGAUGGGAUCUUUCGGCAUGUGAUUUCCUCGAUGAGCGAUGUCACAAUAAGGGUAAAGCAAGUCGCUGGACCUUCAUUGUCGGUACGUGCCGGAAAAUGAUCGCCAGAUAGAAACCAAGGCCAUUUUUUGUCACAACUGGAAAAUAAACUAGCUGAGGGGACCUCUUUUUAAAGCCUAACAAAAUUUCAACGCCUUGUAGUUUUUA